UCUAUUAAUAUUUCUCUAUUAAUAUAAAAAAUUUAAAAGUUCAAAUAAUCAAUUUACAAGGUGAUAAUGGACCAGAGGAACGGAGAACACCGAGGAAACCAGCCGGAAUAUCACCGGAACCCUCAUCCUGCACCGCCGAAUUGGCCUUCGGACAACUCUGUCUCUCGCAACGACAAAAACUUAGACAAUCACAGAAGAAACUUUCCCGGCGACGGAAACCACUACAAUCGCCGGCAACAUCACCAGCAUCAUCAUCGGAAUCCGAAUUUUGAGCAGAACUUUGGUGGUUCUGCGCCUUUUCCGGCUCGUAAGAGGCCUUUCGAUCAAGCAAGCUCUGACUUUCUGGAUUGUGGCAGUUUUGUGAAACUCUAUGUUGUAGGAGUUCCAAGGCCAGCGGAAGAAGAAGAUGUUAGGUCUGUUUUUGCUGAACAUGGGCAUAUUGUUGAGUUUGUUCGUCUCACGGAUAAAGGCACCGGUCUGAGGAAAGAAUGCUGUUUUGUGAAGUAUAGAACGUUAGAUGAAGCUAAUAGGGCUAUUGGAGCAUUCAAUGGUCGAUAUACUUUCCCUGGGGGGGAGUUCCCCUUAACAGUUAGGUAUGCUGAUGGGGAACGUGAACGUCUUGGAAUCUUGGCUGAACACGCUCAGAAACUUUAUGUUGGUGGUCUGAGGAAACAAGCUUCCAAAGAAGAAAUUGAGCUUGUAUUUUCUCCAUAUGGGAUUGUUGAAGAAGUAUACUUUAUUGUUGAUGAACUAAAACAACGCCGUGGAAGUGCUUUUAUCAGGUUUGCUUGUAGAGACAUGGCAGUUGCGGCAAGGAAUGCGCUACAUGGAACCUAUGUAAAUGAAGUAUGUGAACACCCAUUGGUUAUUCGAUUUGCAGAUCCUAAGAAGCCCAAGGUGGGAGAGUCGAGGGCUCAAACCCUUAUGAAUGAGCAAUUCAAUGGGAAUAUGGCAGCUAACCAGUCUAAUCACCAGAGUCCAAAUCAGACUCCAAAUAACAGAUGCAAUCCUCAGACAGUUUUCAGCACUCGUGUUGGAUCAGAUAAUGUUUUGCCAUCAGCUGCAUCUUCUGUCAAUGCAAAAUCUUUAAAUGCUGAGAUGUUGGAGUCUAUAGAUUGUGAAUGGAGUGACCAUAUCUGUCCCGAUGGAAACUUAUAUUAUUAUAACUGUGUAACGUGUGAAAGCAGGUGGGAGAAGCCAGAGGAGUUUGCACUUUAUGAAAAGAAAUUAGAAAUGCUAGAUCUACAGCAACAGGAUCAGCACAAUUUAAGACUUACAGUCCGCAACACUCCAGAAGUUUCUCAAAUGCGUCAGGAACUCGAAACAGCUAGUUCAGCGGUUCCUAUGGGUUGUGUCUAAACAUUGCUUUUCAUUUUAGAAGUUAUUAGAACUAAGUGAACUCGAAACAGCUAGUUCAGCGUUUUCUCUGACGUGUGUGUAAACAGCAUCAAUCUUCAUUUUAGAAGUUACUGGAACCGGAACGGGAACGUAUGGUUUUGGCUUUUCAGUUACAAGUGAUAUUUAGCACUGAAAGGCAACAUUUCUGAAUACUGGGUUUCUUGUGUGCAAAUUUGUACUUACCUUUCAAUUGCUAGAGAUUUACUGUGAGCUUUUAGACUGUUAGUGCCUUUCCCCAGUGGGGAGAAAAUAUGUUUUUGUAUAGUUGUACAUUUGGUCCAAGCUUUAGGUUUUUUCCCCCUUAUUCUUUGUGUUAGGACUGUUUGAACAUGGUAAGACUUUGUAAGUUAUAUUUUUUUUCUCAUAAACGAAAAUCACCCCACAAGUUGUGAAAA